GGAGGAAGGGGCGUUUCACAGCAGAGUGGCGGAAGCGCGAAGGGAGGCGUGGCGGUUUUGCUUUACGGCUGGCCGCGGAAUGAGCCUCUACGACGUAUUUCGGGGUUUCUUCGGCUUCCCCGGGGAGCGGAGGCCCCGCGACCCCUUCUUUGGGGGAAUCACACGGGAUGACGACGAUGAGGAUGAUGAAGACGGCUUUGGGGCGAGGCACCCCGGGGACUUUGGGUUCGGGUUCACAUUCAGCCCAGGCGGGAUGCGUUUCCACGACACCUUCGGGUUUGACGAGCUGUUCCAGGAUUUCAACAACCUCUUCCAAGAGAUGGGAGCGAGGAGUUUGCCAUCUGGGCCCUUUGAUUUCCCAGAGCCACUGGCACCAUCACCUGAGAAGAGGCAGACUCUGCGGGAUUUCAUGCUGAAACGUCCAGAUAGCCAGAGGUCUAGCAGCCGAGCCCUAGAGGACGACUCAGGCCCCACAGCUCCAGAGAGGAGGCCCUGGCAGCCGUUCCAAGGGCUGCGAGGGACUGAUCCACCUCUCCCAGAACUGAAAGAUACCCCAAAGGAAGACAGAGAUCUGGACUCGCAGGUCACGUCCAAAGGGCUCGAGACUAUUCUUCCGCCAGCCCAACCCCGGUCAUAUUUCAAAAGCGUCUCAAUCACAAAAGUGGUAGCACCAGAUGGGACGGUGGAAGAGAGGCGGACGGUGCGUGACAGUCAGGGCCACAAGGAGACAGUUGUCACCCGCCAGAGCGGAGGGGAGCCACGUCCAGGGUUUGAUGGUGGCCGGCAAGGAGGCUCAGGAGACCUGGCGCCCUUCCACUCACGCCCUGGAGAGGACCUAGGCGACUCCGCUUCCAUCCUGGACACUUUUUUCCGCCGUUGGUUCUAGAGCUGAUAGUUCUGCCUGGUGGGUGGCCUUAGAGGAUUUGUGCCCUCUGCGGACAAAACCUCCAUUUCAGAUAUUGCUUCCUUCCUGCGUGUUUUCAGUUCCCUGCGGCCUCCCCGGUCUUUCGCGCGGGCUCCAUCUCCCGGAAAUAUAACAUUAAAUAGCCUUUAUUUAUG